CCCGCCUCUACGUGCGCUGUCAUGCUGGUAAUGGAAGGUGGGGUUGGCGCGUGCCCCUCCGGUUAUCGGGGCCGGCGAGAUUUCUGCAUUCGGCAGCAGCACCACACUUGCGUCGAAACCUUUACAACAGCUCCUCUUGACGCUGUCGGGUCAUUAACGAAACAAAAAAGGAGCCGAAAUAGAAGAAUCGCUACAAUGGAGAAAUUUGUCAUCAAGACGCCGUGCUCUAGCGCCAACAUUGGCCCCGGCUUCGACGUCAUUGGCCUCGCGCUGUCCAUCUACCUCGAGCUCGAAGUCACCAUUGACCGCACAAAGACGUCGUCUGAGCAUCCUCUCAACUGCCGUAUUACAUACGAAGGCCAGGGUGAAGGAUCAGACGACAUCUCCCUCGAUCCACAGAACAACCUCAUCACCCGCGUCGCUCUCUACGUCCUCCGAUGCCACGACCAGCGCGAGUUCCCCGUCGAGACACAUGUGCACAUCAAGAACCCUAUCCCAUUGGGCCGAGGAUUGGGCAGUUCAGGAGCUGCUGUUGUAGCGGGUGUUUUCCUGGGCAAGGAAGUUGGAAAGUUGACGCAUUUGGACAACAACCGCCUCUUCGACUACUGCUUGAUGAUUGAGAGACAUCCGGACAAUGUUGGUGCUGCCCUCUUUGGUGGCUUUGUUGGUACCUACUUGAUGCCACUUAAGCCUGAAGACGCCGAAAGAAUCGAAGUUCCUCUCAGUGAAGUGCUCCCCUCCCCGGCUGGUGGUGUUGACACUGGCAAGAAGCCUCCCUCACCUCCUUAUGGCAUUGGCCACCAUAUCGAAUUCCCUUGGAACAGAGCCAUCAAGGCCAUCGCUAUUGUUCCCGAGUUUAUCGUCCCAACUGCGGCUGCUCGUGCUGUUUUACCAGAGAAAUACGCGCGCCCUGAUGUCACAUUCAACCUGCAGAGAAUCGCACUUUUGCCUGUUGCCCUAGGCCAGUCGCCGCCAAACCCCGAGCUCAUCCACCUUGCAAUGCAGGACAAGAUCCAUCAGCCGUACCGCCAGACACUCAUUCCCGGUCUCAACGAGAUUGUAGAGUCCAUGUCUCCCAAGACACAAGACGGAUUCCUGGGAGUCUGCCUUUCUGGUGCUGGUCCUACCAUUCUCGCCUUGGCGACGACCAACUUUGAAGUGAUUGCGAACAAGAUUAUUGCCAUCUUGAAGGAGCACAAUGAGAACAAGCAGCUGGAAUGUAGCUGGAUGGUUCUAGAGCCUGCCAAUGGAACUGAAGUUGUCCGAUAGAGCUUUUGAAAUAAGCAGACCAUAAAAUAAAAGAUGCGUUGUACAUAAUGGCUGGUACUUACCAACGUCAUAAGAGAUAGAAGCCAAUGCUGGCUAAUAAGCGCCGAGCAUUGUAAACCGCUCUGCGGCGAGCCUCAACGACUGUCUUGAUAUCUGUGCGACAUACAACAUGAACAACAAGGCUGAUAUCUAGUGUGAAGAGCAAGCCAUGCAAUGCUGCAGAACAGCCCAACAGAUAACGAAGGGCCCGACCAGUGCUUUGGAGGAGCCGUACAAUUCAUCCAAGGGAGCGGUGACGUUGACGGACGAGACCAAGAGCGACUCGGGUCAUUGUAUCAAUCAGCGCCAGUUGUAAAGCAUGAUAAUGCGAAUCAAUAUAUUUUGCUGCAUGAAAGUACCAGAUUGGGUUAGGUUUAAGGUACGAGCGGCGCCACCAAGCAAACGCAAAAGUCCGGUUCUGUUCCUAGUUAGUGGAUGCGGAUCUUAGCAGCCUUCCCAACAAACGGGAGCGCCGGGCGGUGUUUUUUUGUGAGCAUGAUUAGGCCUGCUUAAAUACAUAUUUGAAAAUAUUUAAAAGAAAAAUUAUUAUUUUGUAGAAAAUCGAGCUG